AUGUGCGAUCCGCGGGAAGAAAAGGCUGGUGGGUUGGAAGCUACCACUACUGAAAAACAAUUGGGAUUACGAUUAGGGAUGUGGUACUGGAAAGAUGAAACCAGAACUCUUGAAUUCAGAAGCUUUACACCUGCAGUAGAACUCAAGGAAAAAGGAAAGAAAGGCAAAGCAAUACACUUUGCUGAAAUUGAUGGUCUGGUUUCAGACAGGUUGACGGAUAAAAAGCUUGCUUCAAGAGACGAUAAGUCACUUAAAGCCUUAGAGAAGCGAGGUCAGCAGGGCAACGUGACGCUCCAUGAUGCUAAAUUUGUUGCUUUGUUUUUACUACAAGAUAAUGAGAUGCAGCGGAUCUGUUCCUUUACAACAUUUAUGAGGGGCCUUGUGGAGAAGAAGGAGAUGGAAUUGGUUAUAAGGAAGUUAGAAGCAGCACAGAAUUACCUGGCACAGAAGUACUGCGUCCUUGUCCUGGGCUUGGCAAUGCCUGAUAAGCAUCAUAUGUGCUGCGGGAAGGAGAAAAGAUCAGAUACACAGAAAGACUGGAAAUUCUUUGAGUCCUUUUACACUUUCUGUACAUAUGUAGCUUGGAUUGUGUUCCGACGUCAACACUUCACAGAGAUUGAGGAAGAAAUAGGAAGGCUCUUCCGUACCAAUAUGUUCAACAUUCCUCGGAGGAAGCGUGAGGAGGAGGAAUCAGGAGGGGAAAAGAAACGCAUGACUUUUGUACAAUUCAGGAGAAUGAUGGCGAAACGCCCAGCAAUUAAAAAAGCCAUUAACAUGCGCUCUCCAGUCAUGUCUACUCUGCUGCCAUCUCUCAGAGAAAAAGCUCAGAAUAUCUUUGAGAAAAAGUGUCAUCAAGGAGUCGUCAAACUCCCGGCCCCGAUGCAAGAGCACAUGGAAAGUCUGGACUCUGUGCUCAUGCCAAAAGUUGGCAUCUUGGGGGAGCCUCGAUGUCAGUUCAACCCCCAUACCCUCCUCCCCCUUGAACCAGAAGAAAACAAAAGAAUGUCUGGGAUACAUUCUUCCCUGGUAGAAAGAAAGAACAUGAGGAUCCAGGAUACACUGGACUUAGUCACGAGAACAUUGUCCUCUCAAACAACAUUCCCUAAAUAA